AUUUAAUUAAAGGUACAUAAUUCUACAAUCCUUACAUUAUUUAAAAAUGAAAUUUGGCAAAUAGCCACAAUUCGGUUAUUCAGCCAAUUGAAUCAGCUGAUGUUUGACAUCUCGUGAGAAAACAAAACCAUAACCCCAAUAUGUUUUUGGAUAAAUUAAAUUGUUUUUUUUAGUUUUAUUUAAUAAAAUUUAAAUAAUGAGGUAUCGAAUUACCCCACUCCGAUUUUUACAGAAAAAUUGGCUUUUAGUUGGUAUACUUUGUUGCAUUUUUGUAGCUGGUAUUUACCCCAAACUUGGUUCAAAACAAGGUCCUUUACGAACAGAAUAUACAGUUAAAUAUGGAGCUGUGUUUAUUAUUUUUUUAAUAAGCGGAUUGUCUUUAAAAACAGACAGUAUUUUUAGAACCUUGCAACAGUAUAAACUUCAUAGUUUUAUUCAAUUAUUUACAUUCCUAUUUGUUCCUAUUUUUGCUGUGCUAUUUAUUAAAUGUUUGUCUAUCUUUGGCGUGCACCCAUGGGUCCUCAAAGGGAUAAUAACAGUGGCAUGUAUGCCACCUCCUGUCUCAAGUGCUGUAAUUUUGACAAGGGCUGCACAAGGAAAUGAGACAGCAGCAAUUUUUAAUUCAGUACUAGGUAGUUUUUUGGGAAUCCUACUUACACCACUAUUAUUAUUAUUUCAUUUAGGUUCAACGACUAUAGUACCUCUUUUGGACACUGUUUUUCAAUUGACAACUACGGUGGUGUUACCACUUUUGAUUGGACAAAGCUUGAAGAGCUACAGCAGCAUUAGGUUCCAUUUGAUGCCUUUGAACACAAUAAGCCAAAGUGCGCUUUUGUUUGUUAUAUAUACAACAUUUUGUGAUACAUUCCUGGUUCCAGAGACAGGUCUAUCUGCUGUAGAUGUACUUUUUACAGUUUUCUCAGUGUUGCUUAUGCAAAUAAUUCUAAUGCUGGCUAGCUUUAACUUGGCUAAUAAAUUCAGGAAGUAUUUCACUUCACAAGAUAUUAUAGCGAUUGUAUUUUGUUCAACUCACAAGUCACUUACAUUAGGAAUUCCAAUUCUUCGAAUAAUGUUUCAUGGCUAUUCGCAUUUAAGUCAAAUAAGCUUACCAUUGUUAGUUUACCACCCAACUCAGAUCAUUUUGGGUGGACUAGUUGUACCUCAAAUCAAGGAUUGGAUGCAUUCACAACGAGUUAAAAGGCCACCAGUUUGAAAAUGUUAGGUGUAUAUUUUUAAUAUACAGUAUUGGCUACUGAAAACUUUCCAAUACGGUUUGUUAGUGUCGAAGCGAAAACUACAGAGACCUCGCAUUAGUUCGAGAAGGAAACAAAUAAUA